AUGGAAGUAUCGAUUCCCACCGCCUCAUGUUCUCUUACGGCGGUUAUUGUGUUUAAUUUCACCCAAAACACCACACAACCACUCCCUUUUCUGCGUUUCCCUUUAGCUUCUCCAUCGUCAAGACCUCCACUUUUCUCACCCCAUAAGUUGGAACCGUCUUAUGCCGAUAACUUCAAUGGGCCUCACAAAGGUUAUGAAAACACUAGGUUUUGUUGCUUAAUGUUCUCUGAUAUCGGUCAAGGUGGGUUCAAAAUGAAUCCCUUUUUCUUUCACUAUCAACAGAGCAUGUAUUUUUUCCCUCCACUUGUUCUUCCCUCCUUUUUUUUUUUUUUUGCCCAUACCACAACACGCAUCUCUUAUUUUCCUCUUUCUCCACAAUCGCUUUUCUUCGAAUUAUCUCCCUUACGAAUUGUUCCAUCUUCCCUCCCAUGCACAGGUUGGGAGUUGGGACCAUCUACUGAAAGUGUGAUGAUUUUUGGGUGUACCCUAAAGGAAGCGUGCUCAAUAACAAUGCAACGGAAAUGGUGACAUAAAUUGUGAGAUACGCCGUUAGUUUUUUUUUUACUUCAUGAUACAUUACAAACUUGGCUAUGCUGCCCCUCCUCAACAACCUUACUUGGAAGAGACAACUGUAGAUGUUGAGUAAUCUAUUUUUCCUUAUUUUUCUGUAUUUUUUUAAUUUUUUUCAUUAAUAUAGAGUAUAAAUAUUUUGUGAAAUGUUUUCUUUCUUCCUAUGGGUAUUUUUGAUAUGGGUCCUUGACUUUGAAUGGGCAUAAUGCAACCAAAUAG